UGAGAUCAAUUUUUUUGGUUUCAUGCCUGUCCCAAGCCAGGAUAAAGGAGGAGGGUGCUGUGGUAGGCGCGUGACGGCCAACAGUAUUACCUAGUCACAUCACAUGACAUGAAUCGAAAUAUGAAUAUCGCUACAGCUAGGUCGUCGCCCGUAAGCGACGCGUCAUCCCUCCGCCUGGGGGUGGUGUCAAAUAUGCAAGGGUGCGCUACACUUCAUAGGCCUGGGUGUGGUGAUAAGAAUGCUAAGGUUGCUAGGUCGUCGCCCGGAAGCGGCGCGUCAUCCCAUUGCCCGAGGAUGAUGUCAAAUAUGCACGGGCAUGGUGGGAUCCGAGGCGGGGCUAAGAACAUAAGGUGGAGUGCUAGAUUGCGCUUUGGGACGUGGAAUGUUGGGUCUCUUACAGGCAGAUCUUCCGAGGUAGUCGAAGUUAUGAGGAGGAGGAAUAUCAGCAUUAUGUGUGUGCAAGAAACUAAAUGGGUUGGAGAGAAAGCACGUGAGAUUAAUCCUGGAGGUUUUAAGUUGUGGUAUUCGGGGAGAGAUAAGACCAGGAAUGGGGUAGGCAUUAUUGUGGCGCGUGACUAUGUUGAAGAUGUGGUAGAAGUCUUCAGGAAGAACGAUCGUAUCAUGAGCAUUAAAUUGGUGAUGAGGGGUGAGAUUGUGUCUGUGAUAAGUGCCUAUGCACCACAAGUGGGAUUGGAUGCAUCUACGACUCAACAGUUUUGGGAAGAUCUUGAAGAAGUGGUGCGGCGAGUGCCAAGGGGAGAGAAGUUGGUCAUAGGAGGCGACCUCAACGUGCAUGUGGGCUCGAGCCGUGAUGGCUUUGAGAGUAUUCAUGGCGGACAUGGUUUUGGCACUAGAAAUGAAGCAGGAAAGAACAUUUUGGAUUUUGCCUCGACGUAUGAGUUGGCUAUAAUGAACACUUGGUUUAGGAAAAGAGACUCUCACCUUGUAACCUAUAGAAGUGGAGCUAAUAGUACCCAAAUCGACUACUUCUUAGUACGGACUACUCGGAGAACUAGCUACACCGAUUGUAAGGUUAUCCCAGGUGAGAGUGUUGUCACUCAGCAUAGGAUGCUUGUGCUUGACUUUCGAGGUAAGAACCAUAGAAGACAAAUUAAGCAACAAGUGGAGCCAAAGAUAAAGUGGUGGAGGCUUGAGGGAGAUCUUCAACAAAGCUUUGCACACAAAAUGUUCGGUGAAGAUGUAUGGCGUAUUGAUAAUGGAACACAUGUGGAGGAUGCGUGGUUAUCGAUGGAGCUGACCAUCAACAAAGUGGCAAAGGAGGUACUUGGAGAAUCUAAAGGAUGUCUGCCACCCAAAAAGGACACGUCGUGGUGGAAUGAUGACGUGAAACAAGCCAUAAGGAACAAAAGAUAUUGCUACAAAAAGCUGGGGACAAGUCGGAGUGAUGAGAACAUAGAAGCAUACAAGGAGGCUAGAAGACAAGCAAAGAAAGCCGUAAAGGAAUCACAAGGGAAAGUGAAUAAGGAGUUGUAUGAAAAAUUGGACUCUAAGGAAGGAGAACAAGAUAUCUAUAAACUUGCUCGUCUUCGUGAUCGUAGGACUCAAGAUAUCGGAAAAGUUAAGUGUGUGAAGGAUGUCGAUCAAAGGAUAUUAAUGGAGGACAUAGAGAUAAAAGAGAGGUGGAGGUCAUACUUUGACACAUUGUUCAACGGGAACAAAGUGCAAGAUAUUGGUGAUUUGACCAUACCAGAUUGUAUGGUAAAUCGUGAUUUUGUGAGAAGGAUCCAACCAACGGAAGUUAAAGAGGCUCUGAGAAAGAUGGGGCGGAAGAAAGCAGUGGGUCCAGAUGGCAUACCGAUCGAGGCUUGGAGAAGUUUGGAGAAGUUUGGGAGAGAGAGGCAUCGAGUGGUUCACAAAUUUCUUCAACAAGAUUUGGAGAAACAACAAGAUGCCAACGAGUUGGAGAAAGAGUACUCUUAUUCCCUUAUUUAAGAAUAAAGGUGAUGUACAAGAAUGUGCCAACUAUCGAGGGAUUAAGCUUAUGAGUCAUACCAUGAAACUUUGGGAGCGAGUGAUUGAGCAAAGACUUCGAAGAACGGUGAAGAUUUCAGAGAAUCAAUUCGGUUUUAUGCCUGGUCGCUCAACAACUGAGGCUAUUCACCUUCUUCGGCAACUUAUGGAGAAGUAUAGAGACGCUCACAAGGAUUUGCAUUUAGUGUUCAUUGACUUAGAAAAGGCAUAUGAUAGGGUACCUCGAGAAGUUCUUUGGUGGGCCUUAACUAGAAAAGGCAUUUCAUGGAAGUAUAUCAGCAUCAUCAUGGAUAUGUAUGAGGAUUGUACUACAAGUGUCCGUACUAGUGUAGGGAGGACUGCGGAGUUCCCUAUUACUAUCGGAGUGCACCAAGGAUCGGCUCUGAGCCCUUUUUUAUUUGCCAUAGUCAUGGAUGAACUUACAAAGUCAAUUCAAGAUGAUAUACCGUGGUGCAUGAUGUUUGCCGAUGAUAUUGUUUUGAUUGAUGAGACACAAUCAGGGGUUAAAGCAAAGUUGGAAGUAUGGCGACAAACAUUAGAGAACAAGGGUUUCAGACUAAGUAGGAGCAAGACAGAGUACAUGGAGUGCAAGUUUGGUGGAGGUAGAAGCAGUGGUAAUAGCGGAAUUACUUUAGAUGGUAAGGAGAUACCGGUCAGCGAUAUGUUCCGUUACUUGGGCUCUAUAAUUCAGAAGGACGGUGAGUUAGAUGGAGAUGUAUCCCAUAGAAUCAGAACAGGGUGGAUGAAGUGGAAGAGUGCGUCAGGAUUUCUAUGUGAUCGAGGUAUGCCGACUAGACUGAAGGGUAAAUUUUAUAGGACAGCAAUUAGACCUGCACUACUGUAUGGCACGGAGUGUUGGGCGGUGAAACAAUGUCACAUUCAAAAGAUGAGUGUGGCAGAGAUGCGCAUGCUGCGUUGGAUGUGCGGGCAUACUAGAAAGGAUCGUGUGAGGAAUGAGACAAUAAGACAAAGGGUGGGAGUAGCACCUAUUGAAGAUAAGAUGCGGGAGUCGCGCCUACGAUGGUUUGGUCAUGUGCAUAGGAGACCGAUUGAUGCACCUGUCAGACGAGUGGAGAUGUGUGGAGAAGAGGCAGGGAAGAGAGGGAGAGGAAGGCCCAAACAGACGUGGGCUAGGGGAGUCAGAAGUGAUAUGCUUCUUCUUGGAUUGGAUGAGAGUAUGGAUUUGGAAAGAGCGAAAUGGAGGGCGGGUAUUCGUGUGGAGGAGUGAUAUUGUAUCAUCUUUUCCCCUCUUUUCUUCUUCUUCUUCUCUUUCUUUUUUUAUAUUUUUAUCCUUAUAUAUAAACAUUACUUUAUCCUUUUUAUUUUAUCUUUUAUAUGUAUAUUCAUCUAUUUUAUAUUAUCUUUUUUAUAAUAGCUUAUCUUUUUUAUCUUUAUUUCCUUUCUUUUCUUUUGGAUGAUAUCAUGUAUCAUAUCGAUUCAUGUUAGCCGACCCCAACAUCGUUUGGGACUAAGGCUUGGAUGUUGUUGUUGUUGUAGUCAUUUUUAUGAUGUUUAAUCUUCAAUUUCAAAGAAAAUUAUGGUAAAAAUAAAUAAAUCAUGUAUAGGGCCUUUUAGGAAGUUUGACUCAGGCCCGAGUUUUGGUAGGAUCGGCACUGGAUGAGCUGCCCAUAUAUUAUUCACCUCCAUCCUAUUAUUCAAUUUAUUCACCUCUUUUUUCACCUACCAAUUUAAAGCAUAAAGGUAUGCUUGUGAAUGUGAGUGAAAGAAUCACAUUACAAAUUGGGACAUUAAGAAUUUAUAAUAAUAUUUCAAAGUGAGUUCCAGUUAUUUAUAUUAACCUUCAAAUGCUUGCAAAUGGAUUAUUAAGACAAAAUUGGGAGGUUUUCUCAAUCGUGAAUUGAUAAACUUCUUGCUCCCGUAACUUAGUCAUCAGAACACUUGGUCAAUGUGAGUGAGGAUUCUAACUUGCUACUUGCUAGAAAACUUAUAGUGUUGACCACUUAGGGUGACUUCUUAAGCAACUCACGAUUUGAACUUUAGUUAUUUAAGAUUGGAUUUUCACAUAUCAGAAUGGCUAAAUAUCAUCAAAUUUGACUUUCACGGCGAAAUAAUAAAGUAACUAUUGUGUAUGUGAAUUUGAUAUAUAUAUAUAUAUAUAUAUAUAUAUAUAUAUAUAUAUAUACGGAAAAGAUCAGGUCCAGCCCUCCCCGGUCCAGCCUCCGUCCGAACUCCGCCGUUUUGGGCGGUUCCCG